AUGUCUCCCAAUACCUUCAAGCAGGUCGUCCUUCGCGAACGCCCCGUCGCAGACAUUCUCCCAGAUACGUUCGAGUCCAAGACGAAGGCGUUCGAUGAACUCCAUGUCGGCAAGAGUCAAGCUCUAGUCCAAGUCACGUACAUAUCACUGGACCCUGCCAUGCGUGGGUGGCUCAGAGACGUGCGAAGUUACGUCCCUCCAGUGAAAAUUGGGGAGGUGAUGCGUUCGGGCGGGCUCGGUGUAGUAGUGAGCGUGGGCGAGGGGAGCAAGUUUCAGAAGGGAGACCUGGUCCAAGGAAGGUUUGGAUGGACAGAGUAUGCAGUCGCGGAUGACGAGUCAAUGGAGAAGAUCUCGCCACCUCCGGGAACGACGUCCUUGGACUUUUUGAACACUCUGGGCAUGACAGGCAUGACUGCAUACUUUGGCCUUCACGACGUCGGCCAGCUGAAAGCCGGUGAAACACUAGUCGUAUCGGGUGCCGCUGGUGCAGUCGGUGCCCUCGUCUGCCAGCUCGGAAAGCAGGCCGGCGCGCGCGUGAUUGGCAUCGCAGGUACAUCAGACAAAUGUGCCUGGCUUGAGAGCGACUUGGGCGUAGAUAAAGCGCUCAACUACAAGAGCCCUACUUUCCGUGAGGAUUUUGCGAAGGCUGUUGGGUAUUUGGACGUGUACUUUGACAACGUUGGAGGCGACAUACUUGAAUUGGCACUCUCGAGGCUGAAUCAAAAUGCGAGGAUUGUUUUGUGUGGGGGUAUAUCCGCUUACAACGAUCCACAACCCAAAGGUCUUAAGGGGUAUCUGACGCUCAUAGCACAACGUGCCAAGAUGCAAGGUUUCAUCGUUUUCGAUUAUGUCGACCAGUAUCCGGUGGCUGUCAAGAAGAUAGCAGCUGGACUUGCUGAUGGAUCGAUCAAAAGCAAGUUCCACAUCGUCGAAGGUCUCCAGAAUGCUCCGAGUGCGCUGCCUAUGCUCUUCUCUGGGGCGAAUGUAGGAAAAUUAGUUGUUAAAGUUUCAGAUGAGCCCUCUAUGAGUUCGAAGCUGUAA